UCUGACUCUCUCUCUCUCUCUCUCUCCACCUUUGUCUCCUCUCACCGUCGGUUUCUCUCUUAGUCUCCUCCCCCCUUUUUUCUGUACACAGUUUGCAAAAGUUAUUCUCUUUGGCCAUUUAUCUAACAGUCGGCACUUUGAGUCCCUUCAACGGUGUUUCGUAGAUUUUGGUAAGAAUAUGGGAGAUGGGAUGUCGCUCGAUGUUUUGCCUGCAUCCACGACAAGCAGUUGAACCAUCCAUUGCUCCUGGAGCUCUAAGGAGUUCUUUUCACCAAUAAGUCUGUUGGGUUCUUCAUGGAUUACUACCCAAUCGAAACCAGAAAGGUAGACAACUGCCCAUUUAUCAAAAAUUUUGCUCAACAAUAUCUGGGCUUGGAUUAUUUUCAGGCCUCUUCAAAAAGACCUCCAAUUGAACCGCGUUUAUUUACCCGGCCCCGAUUUAUAUGCGUGCGUGUGGACGAGUCAAGCCGUGGAAGAGCUUACGUGUUUCCCAAGUCUUCACUUGCAGUUUAUAUGUGCCCAGAAUUUUCAAGAAGCAGCCCAGACGUGUAGCUUUCUUUCGCCUUAUAAAACACCCCUUCCCUUGCAUCGAUCAACCAUUUAUUUCUUGCGCUCGCAAUAUACGUUCCGCUUCGUUUCGUUUCUAUCUGCUCAAUCGGUAAUCAUGCCUCGCCGAAGCUCUGGAGGAAGAUCUUCUCUUGGCAAGACUUCUCAUCCUUCUCCAGUUCGUAACCCUCCUAAGCCUGCAAGUCAUGCUCCUCCUCCAGUUGUACAAGGUGGUGGAAGCAUAUCAACUCCAGGCCUUGGUGCUACUUUGGCCGAAGGCAUUGCUUUUGGCAGUGGCAGUGCAAUUGCCCACAGAGCUGUUGAUGCUAUGAUGGGUCCUCGAGUCAUUCAACAUGAGACAGUGGUCUCAGGUGCUCCUGCUGCAGCACCUGCAUCUAAUGUGAACGGUAUUGGAGGAUCCGAUGCAUGUGGCAUUCAAUCAAAAGCUUUCCAAGAUUGUCUAAACAAUUAUUCGAGUGAUAUCAGCAAGUGUCAAUUCUAUCUAGACAUGUUGUCUGAGUGCCGCAAGAACCAUGCUGGUGCAAUGGGUGCCUAGGUUUUGUUUCAGCACAUCAUGGAUUUCUUAACCCCCCCCCCCCUUCUAUUUUUUUUCUUUAUUUCUUACCUAAAUUCCAAGUGAAUAUAUGUGGGUUUAUCUGAUAAUUGGUUGGAUAAGGAUAGGUAGGGAUUGAUCAAAUAGCACCUAUUACUUGGUAAGAGGCUUUAUAUGGGCACCGAUUGUACUGCCAGAUGAAAUUCACACACGCGACUCUUUGGAGUAUUUCUGAACAUAAUAUUAUUAUGCUUAUUUUUAUUGUGA